AUGGCACUAUAUGAGGCGUUAUAUGGUCGUACGUGUCAUACUCCUACCUGUUGGAUUGAAUUGGGUGAGCGGCGAAUUCUGGGGCCGAAAUUAAUUUUCGAUACAGAAGACAAGGUAAAGUUGAUUCGAGAUCGGCUAAAGGAAGCAUCCGAUAGGCAGAAAUCUUAUGCAGACCUAAAGCGUAAAGAGAUAAAGUACUCGAUAGGGGAUUAUGUCUUUCUUAAAGUCUCACCAUCAAAGAAAAUUUUGAGGUUUGGGCGGAAAGCCAAGCUUAGCCUUAGGUUUAUUGGGCCUUAUCGAAUACUUAAGCAUGUAGGACUGGUCACUUGUCAACUUGAGUUGCCUCCAAAGCUGGAUAGGAUUCAUGACGUGUUUCAUAUUUCAAUGUUGAGGAGGUACUGUUCUGAUCCCUUGCAAAUCGUGUUAGUUGAGGAAAUUGAGGUUAGGCCUGAUUUGACUAUCGAGGAAGAACCAGUACAGAUAUUGGAGCAUGAUGUUAAAGUAUUGAGAAAGAAAUCGGUUCCACUGGUCAAAUGCUUUGGAGUAAUCACGGCUUAG